GAGGCAGGAGUAGUGUGGCAUUGUCUUCACUGGCAAGUGUGACGCAUAUCCGAAUACUCUACAGGCACACGCACUGGUAGAGUAUACACUUAAAUGGCAUGGAUGGCAGAAGCAGAAUGAGAUGCAAGAGCUGAUAUUUAAGGGCUACUUCACCGACGGUAUCUACCCAGGCACGGUAAACCUGGUGAAGCUGGCCGGCAGCUGCGGCCUCGACAAGUCCGCCGUGAAGAAGUACAUCACCGACGCGCCGACACUGGAAGCUGUGCGCGAGAAGGCGCGUGACGCAUCGCGGAAAGGCGUGUCAGGUGUGCCAAUGUUCUACAUGAACGGACAGCCGUUGUUCUCUGGUGCUCAGGAUAAGUCUUGUUUUGUCAACAUGUUUCAAGUCAUUGCCGAGAAAUACCCUUAUGCUGGUAGGACUUCCCAGGAAAAAUCCACAUGAGUUGGUGUAUCUGCGGCAAAUCCUGUUAAUAUACUCUGAGGAUAAUCAUCAAUGGUAGCAAGUCUUUAGACAUUACUGCAACACUGAUCUGUAAUCAACACGUCUGUUAGAUGUAUAAUUUAUUUGCCUUGCGACUUAAAUGUAGUACAGUGUAUUUCCGUACAAAAUCAACGGGUACUAUAAACAUUAUAAACUUACAUGCUGCUGCAUGGCAUUAUAUAUUGCACUACCUGUAAAUGAAUCUGUGUUGUUAUUGAAAAUCUCGUCGUCGGUCAGUCAUCAUGGUAGUAAGUUACAGCAACAGUGAUCCAGUGACCUACACGUCUUAGGUUUAGAAAUUUGUUGUGCUGUACGUAGUUCAAAUGUUGUAUUUCCAACAAACUUUAAGGCUACUAUAAACUUACAUGCUGUCACAUGGCAUUAUAUGGUACAACCCUAAAAUGAAUCCGUGUUAUGAUUGAAAAUCUCUAUUAGGUGUGUUCAAUCACGUAAUGUUAAGAUAUUGUUACCAGAUUCUUUGUAAUAUGGCUGUAAAGUGUGCUAAAACGUAGAAUUACAAUAGUUUUUAUCAACUAGUAAGGGUAAAUUGCUGUUCGUGAUUAAUAUAUGGUAUCAGCACAAUACAUAAUCAACUUUGCUUUAUAUAAAUUGUCACGAGUGAAUACAUAUUUUGUUUGUUUGUUUUGUCAAAGACUUGUUAUUAAGAAUGUGCAGUAUUCCUGUCGCUAUUGCGGUACUUGUCAAUUUGCGGUACUUUUGUUAGACUGGUACCCGGUCCCACCGAUCGGCUUAUACCCAUCGAGUAAUCGAGGUGGGAGCGAGUACCAGUCUAUACCUUUGUCAAAGACUUGUUAUUAAGAAUGUGCAGCAUUCCUGUCGCUAUUGCGGUACUUAUAGAAUACUGGAUUUCAUUUUAAUGACGGGACUUCGGGAAAUGCAGAAUGCACAGCAAGUUCUUGAUAGUAAUAUGAAUUAAAUCCACUACUCUAAUAAAGCACCCAUGCUAUUUA